UGGUCCCCUGUGGACCUUCAUCCCGGAAAUGCGUAGGUUGUGUCCCGCUUAAUGGGAAACCACAGCAACGCGUUGAAAAGAGUGAUAGUCCACGGUGUGGUGAAUUAAUGGGGUGUGCAGGAUAGUAUGUAUUAGGAGUGUUAUUGCUGUUCAUUAGAUUAUAGUUUGUCUUGGAAAAGGUGCAUGUAUGAUCGAUGAUCUUCACAGUAGCAGUGCCAUGAAUCUGGUCGGAAAUGUUCAUAUUGGUCUCCCAUUACCAGAAGAACCAUCAAGCAUUUAUAGGACUUCCUUAGUUUCUGGAGAUUAUCAUUAUUACCAUUAUGGCUGUGAUGAGGUCGAUGAUCGAGGUUGGGGCUGUGGCUACCGGACUCUACAGACCAUUUGUUCCUGGCUUAACUUAAGCAAAUGCUGUGAAGCAUACAUGCCAGUACCAGCACUGAGAGAAAUCCAAGAAGCCUUGGUAGAAAUGGAGGACAAGCCCAAGAAUUUUAUUGACUCGAAGUCCUGGAUUGGCUCAUUUGAGAUAGCCUUAUGUCUUGAUAAAUUCUAUGGAAUUCCGUGUAAAAUUCUGCAUGUUCCUUCAGGAAAAGAGCUAGUAGAGUAUGCAGAAGUUGUAUAUUCUCAUUUCAGGAACUCAGGAUCUCCAGUGAUGAUGGGUGGUGACUCUGAUAAUUCAUCAAAAGGAAUUUUGGGAAUCUGUUCUGGUCAAAAAGGCCACUAUUUAUUGGUGCUGGACCCUCAUUUUUUUGGGAAAAUUGUUGAUGGAGAGAUGUUGAAGCACAACCGUUGGAUUCAGUGGAGAAAACUGGACAGUUUUGAAUAUGCUUCCUUUUACAAUUUCUGUUUACCACAGUGCAAGAUUGUAAAAUAAGUAUAGAUGUUAUCAUUAGCUUGCGUUAAACUUUUCAGCAUAUGAUCUGUGGAUGCACCACUCUAUCAAAUUUUUUUGUCCAACUUGAAAAUUUGAAUGAUGAUUCACUUAGUGUUUCAUGCAUUAGAUAGUGUAGUUCUUCACAUUGUUUUUGUAGCAGUGGUACAUGGUAAACUGAAACCUGAGUGACCAAACAUGCAAGUGUAAGUAAAUUUCCAACUUGACAUGCACCUUCACUGUUUAUUAUUGGUAUUGUAUGUGUUAUUCAUUUUAUGUAUUUAAAUAGUGGCAAGAGUUUCUGGUUUAAGGUAAAUAAAAUGUCUUUUGUGUUCAUUCAGUAUGGCACUAAUGAAGUGAACUACAGCAGUUUUAAAACGUUUUCACAAGUUUUCAUUGCAUCAUUAUUAUUGUUUUAAAUAGCGUGUAAUUAAAUAGAUUUAUGGCAUUUCCGAAAUGCCAUAUAUGUCAGCAUCAUAUAACUGUACUUGCAAGUUCAAAGCAUUGCGCAGAAAAAAAAAGUGUGUUUGCAGGUGGGAACAAGUCCCCUUCACCACCUGCUGAUUAUAUAUGAAGAGGGCAAAUUCUCCAGUCUUUGCUGUUCCAUGAGCUAUCAAAAACAACUGCAACUGUUCAAACAGCUGAUUUUUUUUCUUUCUCAUCUAAAUAAACGGUCAGUCAAAUGCCAGGAACCCAUUUAAA